AUGGAAAACAAAGUCAUUCUUGGAUAUUGGGCAAUUAGAGGAUUAGCUUAACCAUUAAGGUUCUUCCUUGAAUACAUAGAGCUUCCCUAUGAAGAUAAGAGAUACACUAAUCCAGAAGAAUGGUUUGGAAAGGACGAUCAAACAUUCAAUAGUCCAUUUACAAAUCUUCCCUAUCUUAAAGAUGGAGAUCACACUGUUUUCGAAUCAGAUGCCAUCUAUUAUUAUUUAGCUCAUAAAGUAAAUAAACCUGAAUUACUUGGCAAAGAUGCCAAAUAAUAAACAAUGGUCGCAACCAUUAGAGGAUCCGUUGGAGAUUUCAGAGCCUCAUUCUUUUAAUGGGUUUAUGGAGGAAAAGAAACAGCUGAAGCCAAAAAGGAGGCAAUGUUGAAAGAAACUGGAGAAUUUUUUAAAAUUUACAACACUACAUUAGAAAGUUCAACAUGGUUAACCGGAGAUACAAUUACCUAUGUUGACUUUUUGGUAUGGGAAUAUGUCGAUGAAUUCCUGGUAUUGGCUCCUGAAGUGAUUACUUCAAAGCCAAAACUAGUUGAAUUUCACAAGAGAAUUUCUGAAUUCCCAUAAAUCAAGAAAUAUCUAGAAAGUCCAAAUUACAUUAAGAGACCAUACAAUUGGGAAAUACAAGCAGUUUUCUAUUGAAAAAGAUAUUUUUGUUUUAAAAACGAAACAUUUAUUUAGAAAUUUUUAUCA